UCCGUUCAUCUUAGCAAUCAUCCAAAAAAACAAGAAUUCUGUUAUAUUCCGUUUCCCAAUAUGAAGCUCUCGAUGUCUGUUCUGGCCCUAGUGGCCACUUGCAUUGGGUCGGCGCAAGCCGCUGCCAUCAAAAAAGAUACCGCGGGGCAACACCCCCUCGGAAUGAACUCCAAGUUUGGUGAUGUGUUCGUGGAGAAAGGCAAGUCUUUGCUCGACCGUGUUUCAGAGGUUGUGAGCGAGUCUUCCAAGAACAUUUCCCCAGAAUUGAGGGACAUUUGGAAUGAAAUGGAGGCCAAGUUUCCAGAUACCCUCAAAAACAUGAAGCUCAAGUCAGAGCCGGUGGUCAAAAUUACCAAGAAGCCUGCCGACUUUUGGGACUUCAAUGUUUUCAAUGAGAAGUUCUCCAAUUAUAAGCUGAGGGUUAAGAAGACCGACCCGGGAGCAUUGGGACUGGACCACACAAGACAGUACUCUGGAUACUUGGAUGUGGAGGAUGAAGACAAGCAUUUCUUCUAUUGGAUGUUUGAGUCCAGAAAUGACCCGGCCAACGACCCUGUGAUUCUCUGGCUCAACGGUGGUCCAGGAUGCUCUUCCUUGACUGGAAUGCUUUUUGAGCUCGGCUCUGCCUCCAUCGGUCCAGAUCUCAAACCAAUCAAUAACCCAUAUUCGUGGAAUUCCAAUGCCACUGUUAUUUUUCUUGACCAGCCUGUCAACGUUGGAUUCUCGUACUCUUCCAAGUCUGUCUCUAACACGGUCGCAGCUGGUAAAGACGUUUACGCCUUCUUGGAGUUGUUCUACCAGCAAUUCCCACACUUGCUGAAGAACGACUUCCACAUCGCUGGUGAGUCGUACGGUGGUCAUUACAUUCCAGUGUUUGCCUCCGAGAUUCUCACUCAUGCUGACAGAUCUUUCAACCUCACCUCGGUGUUGAUUGGCAACGGUUUGACCGACCCACUUAAUCAGUACCCAUUCUACGAGAGAAUGGCUUGCUCUACUGAUGGUGGCUAUGAGCCAACCCUGGACGAGUCUGAGUGCGAAGGAAUGUUGGAGACCUUGCCUAGAUGUUUGUCAUUGAUUGAAUCAUGCUACAGCUCACAGUCUGUGUUCUCCUGUGUGCCAGCCUCUAUCUACUGCAACAACGCACAACUUGGACCAUUCCAAAAGACCGGCAGAAACGUCUAUGACGUUAGAAAGAUGUGCGAGGGAACUCUAUGCUACAAAGACAUGGAAUACAUUGACCAGUAUUUGAACCAGGACUUCGUCAAGGAAAAGAUUGGUGCUGAGGUUGAAACUUACGAGUCGUGUAAUUUCGACGUGAACAGAAACUUCCUGUUUGCUGGUGAUUGGAUGAAACCUUACCACAAGAAUGUUAUCAAUCUUCUGGAACAAGGUCUUCCUGUCCUGAUCUACGCAGGAGACAAGGAUUUCAUCUGCAAUUGGCUCGGAAACCAGGCCUGGUCUAAUGAGCUCCCAUGGUCUGGACACGAGGAGUUCGAGUCCGCCGAGCUGUACAACCUCACCUUGAAGGAUGGCACCAAGGUCGGCGAAGUCAAGAAUGCUGGCAAGUUCACAUUUGCUAGAAUGUUUGAUGGAGGACACAUGGUUCCAUACGACCAGCCUGAGAGCUCUUUGGCUAUGGUCAAUAGAUGGAUAGCUGGUGACUAUUCUUUGGGAACCAAGAAAUAAAAAGUUCAUGAAAAGAUUAUGUCGUUGUUGUUCUAUUUAUGUAUGAUUGUUUGUUAAGAUACACUAUCUAAAUUCCUCGUUUAAUACCCAGCCUUUCCGUUCCUUGUCCCAUUUACAUAUUGAUUUGAGCAUAGAUCGCACAACCUUGACUGUUUUUUCGUUUGAGACGUCGAUCUUCAACUCGUCAAGAACAGCAGCAGAGGUGCUGAAAUAACCAUCUAGACCAGCCAUAUAGUUGCUCAAUCUUGCAAUGAGAUCGGUGUCUUCAAUUUUUGGUUUCGGCGACGACUCUUUGCGUUUUCUGAUAUUAUCCAGAAUAGAGCUAGAAGACACCAUAGGCGAUUGUGAACGCCCUGUUGGCGUGGAAGUGCCGCUUUGACCGGGCUUGCGCGGACGCCCGACGUUUUUGCCGGCCUCGCCAAACUUCCCUGUCCAGGUUGGAACGUUGAUUCGAGUCUGACGCGCAAGUUUUCUUGAUUCCCGUAAAGCCUUGACGGCUUCAUUGGCAAUUCUCGAGGCCUCGUUAUCAAUUAAACUGUACGAUGAAGAAGGAUUCAACACACUCUCGUGCUCUAAAGCAGACUGUAAUGCAUUGUUUCCUAUCAGACCCGCCAUAAUAUCUUUCUCCUCCGUGUGUCCUUCUUCGUCUUCGCCAUCUUCAUACUUCUGCAAUCCAGAAACACCUUUUAGUUUCGACACUUGUAAAAAGUCAUCGUCGUUCUUCUUUGUGCUGCGCGAGUGGUUGAACUUCGUUUCGCCCUCGGAAAGCGUAAACAGCUCAUGCAAAUCGUUCAUUUUGAAAAACCGUUUCUGCUUUGGAUCCUUCAAAAUCUUGUUGGUCAGCAGCUGCUUGAAUAUUUGGCGAUGAUAAAUCUUCUCCUCUAUAGAGCCCGCCAUCAUCAAGCGAUAUAUUACCACAUCCUUUUUCUGUCCCAAUCUCCAAGCACGCUCCCUGGCCUGGACGUCCGUAGACGGGUUCCAGUCGGGAUCGUAUAUGAUGACUCUGCUGGCUCCUGUCAAAUUGACACCAAGACCGCCGACUCUGGUGGUGAGUAAGAACACAUUGUACAUGGGAUCUGUGUUGAACUGGUCAACCAUUGAUUGUCUCUGUGAGAUCGGGGUGGUUCCGUCCAUUCGCAUGAAUGAAAAUUUAGAUUCCGUCUCAUAAUUGAGAGCUUCCAUGAAUUCCUGCAAGAUGUCAAGCAUUUGCCGCGUCUGGGUGAAAAUAAGUGUUUUACGGCCUUCUGAAAACCACACAUCCAGCAAAGCAUGGACCACCUGCAAUUUACCUGCGCGCGCCUCCAACUGCUCGGCCGUGCGUAGAUGUUUUUUGCGCAGCUUCAGGUCCACUAAAUCUGGAUGGUUGCAAAUUUUCCGUAGCACAUCUAUUCCAAACAGGGCAUUUCUCUUGCCUCUCAGGAUCUUGUUGAUGUCCUCUGAGUUCAGAAAGUCCUCGUAUAGUUUGCGCUGCACGUCUGUCAGCUUGCAAAAUAGAACCAUCUCCGAUUUUUUGGGCAGGUCCUUUGCAACAUCUGCCUUGACCCGUCUUAGUAGAUAAGGAGAAAUCAGGUCCCGCAAAAUAACAGCACACUUAUAGCCUGUUUGCACUUGAACAUUUGUCGCAUUGGCGUAGCCACCGAUAUUGAUUGGAACACAGAAUUGUUUCUGGAAAACAGGCAGUGUGCCCAGCCUCCCAGGGAAUACAAAGUCAAAUAAACUCCAUAGCUCGACCAAAUUGUUUUGUAUAGGUGUGCCCGACAAGAUGAUCCGGUUGGGCGUCUUGAGCUGCUUGCAGGCCAGGGUCACGUGGCUGUCUGGAUUGCGGAUUUUGUGUCCCUCGUCCAAAACAACGUAGUUCCAUCUCACGGGCAAUAGGUACCUGGAGUAUAUCCGAACGCCGACAUACGUGGUGAUGAUCACAUGACCGCUAUGGAUGACGGACUCAACCAACUCUUUGGCACAUCCGUCCGAAGGCAGACUGCUAAGAUCGGCGUCCUCUUCGUCGUCAAAGUCCUCGACACGUUUUCCUGUCAUUCCCGUACCUAUAGAGUGUAGAAUGACUACCCUCAGCGCUGGCCACCAUCUGUGGAACUCUUUACACCAUUGGCUCAGAACAGUGGCUGGACAGACGACGAGAACCGGCUUCGUGAGCUUGCCACUGUAGUGAAGACCUGCAAGAAAAGAAAUGACCUGCACGGUUUUACCCAAACCCAUUUCGUCACCUAUUAUUCCUCCUGUUUUGUGCGAAUACAGCUCCCAGAGCCAUUGGACUCCCGUUCUCUGGUAAUCAAAAAGGGACGGGUAUAUGUCACCAGGAACUCUGAACUCGUCGUUGAGGAUGGCAUCGGCAUUGUUGGGGUGUGGUUUUUGCCACUCCGGUACCUGUUGAUCGUCUGUAUAGUCUGGCCGCAAUUCUGCUCUUAGCGACGCUCGACGCUCAGUCCAACGCCUCAGUCUGUCUCUAUACAUGCGCUCAUCACCAUCGUCCAAAUUUUCAUCCAUUUUUCUCUUUCGCACCAACGCAUCUUCGUCGUCCUCAUCCUCAUCAGCCAGUUCAAUUCCUGGGAUAAUCAGAUCCUGGUGAUUUUUCACGCCUGUGUCUUCCUCUUCAAUAAACCCAUUGGAGGUUCCAAAUGCCGUCACUUUCCCUGUCCUCACCAGAUAUUCCUGCUGGGUCUCUCCUGGAAGCAUUUCGGAUCCGCUUUCAGCUUGCAGAUUAUUUGUCGAAUUUUGAUUCUCACGUAGCCGUGCUUCGAUUUCCUGUAUAUCGACCUGCAAUGGCUGCAACUCCUCCCGCUUAAGACGAUCGAUGUCUGCUCUUAAACGCUGUUUUUCCGAUAUUCGUGUUCCGGAGUUGUUAAUUUUGAGCUCCAUGCCUCGCAAGCGCCCCUGCAGCUUGCUUUGCUUCUCUUUUGCCUUCUCAAGUCGUUUCUGAUCCAGCUCAAUUUCCCGCUCUAACAUCAUUUUAUUGGCAUCCUCGGCAACCUCUUUCUCCAACGAAUCCUGUGCCAUAAGGCGCACG